AGAUCAUGAGCAAAAUAAAGGUCAAAAUACGUGAACCUCGUCAAUCAGAGUCCAACAUUAUUGACCCUCCAGUCAUCCUUUUAAUUUCAUCAAAACGACGUCGUUCUCAUCCCCAUCGUCUCUCUCAUACUUGAUCGAUCGGUGAGAACAUAAACUAUGGCCGGAAAACUAAUGCAGGCGGUUUGGUACACCUGUUACGGCGGAGGUUCCGCUGGUUUAAAGCAUGUUGAAAUCCCUGUUCCGGCUCCUGGCAAUGAUGAGAUUCUGCUGAAAAUAGAAGCCGCAAGCAUAAAUCCGAUCGAUUGGAAAAUUCAGAAAGGCGUGGUUCGGCCUUUUUUGCCCAAAAAGUUUCCGUUCAUACCAGUUGGUGAUGUGGCGGGAGAAGUUGUGGAGGUCGGACCGGGAGUGAAGAAUUUUAAAGCUGGUGACAAAAUUGUUUCUACCCUGGGAACUGCAAGUGGAGGUCUGGCUGAGUAUUCUGUGGCUAAGGAGGGCACAACAAUUUUAAGACCACCAGAAGUAUCAGCUGCAGAUGGUGCGAGUCUAGUUAUCGCAGGGUGCACUGCUCUCCACUCCCUCACUGUAACUGGUGGACUUAAGUUGGAUAAAAGCGAACCACGGACAAAUGUCCUCGUAACAGCUGCUUCAGGCGGUGUGGGUCAUUAUGCAGUCCAACUAGCCAAGCUUGGAAACACCCAUGUCACAGCAACAUGUGGGGCCCGCAACAUUGAAUUUGUCAAAAGCUUAGGAGCUGAUGAGGUUCUCGACUAUAAAACCCCUGAAGGAGCAGCCCUUAAAAGCCCAUCUGGACAGAAAUAUGACACAGUGAUCCAUUGUGCCACUGGCAUCCCAUGGUCAACCUUCGAGCCUAAUCUAAGCUCAUCUGGAAAAGUAAUCGAUAUAACACCAGGUGGUAGUGCGUUUUGGACUUAUGCUGUGAAUAAAAUCACGUUCUCGAAGAAGCAACUUCAGCCAUUACUUGUGAUCCCAAAUACCGAAGAGAUUGGGUGUUUACUGAAUUUAGUGAAAGAAGGAAAACUGAAAACUGUUAUCGACUCAAAGUACCCUUUAAGUAGGGCAGAAGAGGCUUGGGCCAAGAGCAUCGAGGGACACGCUGUUGGGAAGGUGGUUGUGGAAUGUUCUUUUUGAACUCCUGGGUCAUGCUAGCAAGCAUACGACAUGCUGCUUCUUGGUACUCAUAAAACACUUUGGUGUAAGGAUUACGAAUAGUGGUAGCAGAGGCAAUGAGCUGGGGCCUCAAGGAUUCUUCCCCGAUGGAUCAACUUCCUUUCAGCCUACAAGACAAUCCUAAGGUUGCGAUGCCAGUCAAUAAAGUUGCUUCCGUUUAGUUUUACCUUUUCAAGGAUCGACCUUGUGGUCAAGUUGUUUACGGUUUGAUUUGUGUAUGAUGUCAUCUACAAAAUAAACAAAGUUUGUUUUAGUAUCUUUGAUAAUUAUCCCUUUAUAAAUUAAUUGUUUUAAUUCAUAAAACAUGGGCAGCUAAAUUUUAUAAAAGGAUAAUUUUUAAAGAUAACAAUACGAGCUUUGUCUACUUUGUAAAUCAAACCAUAGUAACUCGGCCAUAAGGUUGAUCCUUGAUACAGAGAAGUUGAAUAGAAGCAACUUUAAGCUUAGGAUUGGCCUGAAGGUCAAAAGUAAAUUGGAGAAGAAGCCUGCCCGCUGAUACCGACUCUCCUACUAUUAGUAAUGCUUACAAAGUGUUUACCGAACAAGAAGUUAAGAUAAAUAUGAACUUUGUUGAAUUGUUACUAUAGGUCGAAGUGUAUCUUUUUCCUCUUUUUUGGUUGUACAAACUACAGAGUACUCGUCUUAAAUUAGUCAACUUUCUUUCA